UAAUAUAAGCGUGUUUACAGCUGUGUGGCUGCGUCCCAAACCGCGCACUGUGAAGGGCUUUGUCAGAGCAGUGAGCCACGCCUACAUAGGACGCGUACUAUUUAGUACACUAGAACUGGGAUUGGGACGUAGCCAUGGUGGAGCGCGCGCUGCAAGGUUUCCCGCGCGAGUGUCCUGAGGGAAUGAAAAUUAGCCUGAUAGCUAAUCCAGUCAUGUUGAAGUAUUUAAUGAAGGCUUCAGCAGGACGCAGGGUGACGAUGAGCUCGCUGGCGCUCCCGGUUCCCAUCCAGCUGGACCAGAACAUCUGCCCACGCUCAGGGAGGCUUCAGGACGACUCGUACAGGCGGCCGUGGUGUGGACGUUUGGGCACGCCAUAUGAGCUGGAAUACACGGGAUCUGUGGUAGAUUAUCUGAAGGCGGAGCUGCGUCCAGUGGAGUGUGUGGAAAGGUUUACGGUGUGCACGGGCGAGCUGGGGGAGGACGUGGUGCCGAGCUCGAACCCUGCGUCUCCGAGGUGUGUGGCGUCGCAGGAAGCUCUCUGUCUGCUGAACGGAGGAGAGAGAGCAGCUGAGCAGGACGAGUGGACAGAGACCUUUACUGAGGUUGAUGUGAACUCGGUUUACUUCAGUGAGCAAGACCUGUUCCUUCCUGAGGAGGUGAUAAUGAGUGAGAAUCAGCUGAAGAGUUUUCUCCCUUCUCUCACCACAUUACUGAAGAGAUUAAAACCUUAUCCUGCGUCAGAUCUACUGGAUCUCCGUCAGACUGGAUCACUGCUUUCUGAACACAUCCUGCUCGGGGAGUUCUCUCCGUACUCUGCUGCGCCCUGUGACGCACUCGCUGGCUGCUCCUCUCCUCAGUGGGAUGUUGAAGACUUUGAGAAAGAGACGAUUCUGGACGCAGAGGAUCUCAUGCUGCCAGAUUUCAUCGAAACCGACAUGCCGCGGACGCGAGAGCUCGUCUCGUGUCAUCUCGUCCAACUGCGAGAAGCUCUGAACCUGACUCCAGAAGCAGAUGAUGAACAUGGUUCUGUAUUAGACACUCUUAGGAGAGGCAUGGUAACUUCAUCAGAGUGGGAGACUUUCAGUGCUCCUGAGACUGACAUCACUGACUCCGCCCCUGAAAGGACAAUCUCUCCACUUCCUUUCAGGUCCAGUGUGGAACUGGAGUUAGACCUGAUUCUGUCGCCUCCUCCUCCUCCUCCUUCUCCUGAUUGGAAGCUGCUUCUGUCCUCCAAUCAGCUCUCAGCUGAGACGCUGUCACCCAUCAACACAGUGUGUUUGCUGUCGGAGCGUGAGCGUGAGAUCCUGGAGAAAGACGUGUGGGUGGCAGAGAAGCAUCCUCAGUGUGUAGCUAGGCUUCUGCUGGCAGAGCCGCGGAUACCUGCGCCUCCAGAGAGACGUCAGUCCCUCCCCGAGCUGCUCUCCUGUCUGCAUGCUGAGCCGGAAUGCCACGACACGGACGCAUCCCGCUUCCCCUCGCUACUCCCACUGACGACCCCUGACCCCAUUCUCACACAGGCACUGACUGCAGAGACACACCCAGCUGUGAACACACCCGGGCCAGAGGUGGACACGACGGAGCAGUUCACUCCGCUCUCUCUCACUCAGAUAGAUGAAUUGCUGGGAGACUCUGAAACUGUGGCGCACUCCGCUUCACCCACUGUAGAGAGCAGAGCUACAGACACUCCUGUUCCUGCUUGUGUACGCAGGAGCAAAACUGUGAGGUUCAUUCUACAGGAGCAUGAUUCUCAGAAACGAAGCACUGAUACCAAAGACCGUGCUCGGACAAAGACAAGUCCAGCAGCUCGCCAUCCAUCGAGCAGGAAUACUCAAACUCAUCCUAAUGAUACGUCUAACAACACGGCCGAACACUCGAGUCUGCUGAAGCCCACGUCACACACAGUCACUCACACUCCACUGACAAGAGACAACCAAAGAGAGCUGAUUAGUAGCGAUAAUAAUCAGAGUAGUACAAAUAACGUAAAUACUUUCCCUGAGAAUGCGACACUUCAGACGAGAAAUUUCAGACUGCACUGUACAUACUCAGCUGCUCAAAAUUAUUCAGCAAAAACCCCAGAAACAACAUUGAACACUUGUACAAACACUACUGUUAGCACGAGUAAUCCAGAUAAAGUCUCUUCUGAGACCAUGAACGCAGACAGAGAUCCGAGUCUGCGCUUUACGCCAAGGAAAUGUUCGACAAGUGCUCAGAGAGAGCUGCGAUUAGAGAACCGUAACAACACACAUCAUCACGAUGAUCUCUCUCCUGAGAGCACACCCCAGAACAGAAAAGGUUCCUUACCAACGCCAGGACGUGCACACGCAUAUCCAAACAAAGCCACUGCUUCAAAACAGCGGCGAAACACACACACUCAGCCUGGGUUUAAUAAUCCCGCAAAUCAUCCCACUCAUCUCCUUCCUGAGACUCCAGCCACAAGCUUUACUGUGCUGAAUUCUCUAUCAACCCCACACACUCACAGAGACACAGUGUCACACACUCCAAACGCUUCAGACACACCAACACAGCUCAGUGUGCCCCAGAACUCACUAGUGACCCACGAAAGAACACCACGUUCAGCAUCGAGCAGCAGCGCUGGAGGGAAAAGGACGAGGUCAUCUGUCCGCAGACCUCAGGUGUACCUGGACCCUGUGUCUUCCUUUAUGAUGCUGAGAGGUGUCCUGAGGCCUCAGGUAGAACAAAGGCCUGAAGUGACCCCGCAGCGCGCCACAGUGGAAGAGCUUUCUCAGAAGCCCACAGACGGUUCAGAUAGGAUGGUGCUCCAGCAGGCCACGGAGACGAAGAAGAGCCCUGAGGCCAGCCGUCCUGUUCCGGAAAGAUCCGAAUGUAAAACUGUACACGUGCCGCCCACAGACACAGAGAGAGGUGCGUACUGUGAGCUGUGUGCACUCGCCCGUCCUGUUGUUUGCAGAGCGCUCGAGUCAGGUGCUCUGAGAAAUCCGGACUUCAGCAGCCUGACUCCUGAACACACACGCUUCUGUCUCAAACAGCAGGAGAAGCUGCUCAGUACAGGACAGGGCAGGGAAUGUGAGUAUAACGAUGUGGCCUUGCUUCAUAUCUUGGUCACAUUAAAGGACCUGCUGCUCAGGUGUGACCUCAACACUGCAACAGGUUAUCUGGAGAAGGCACACGCCACCUGUACGAUGGACGGUCUGAGAGAGCUGCUGAGAAAGUUUCAGGUGCUGCAGUAUCUAAGCAGGAAGUGGGCGGAGCCUCGGGUCAGAGUGCAGCACCUGCAGGAGCAGAUCAGCACCUGGCUGCAGAGGACAUCCUUUCAGAAAAUUCUGAUUGUGAUGGCAGUGGAGAACGUAAGAGCGGAGUUAAUGCUGGCUCUUAGUCAGAUACCAGGAAACUCUGUAGCUGCAUUAACACCAGAACAGGACAGCAGAGUGGACAUCAACAGUCUUUCAGACAGUCGGUGUGCUGUAGUGUGUGUGCAGCAGCUGCAGUGUGGGUUUCCCUGGUGGAGAUUCAGUGCCGUGUUCGAGUUUCAGUGUUUGAGUGACUCGGCUGUCAGGAGCAUCUGCGUAAAGAACAAGAUCCACUACACCUGCUUCACCACUGCAGCGCCACCUACAGAUCCGGACCCGUCAGCGGCGUGCUGCUCUCCUCUGGACCGUGUUCCUUUUGUGCUGUUGAUCACAGAGGGUUUACUGAAGCACUGUGACCUGCUGCAGCUGCUCGAGUCAGCGUAUAACAUGACUCUCCUGGAGAGGAUCCACCCUCCAUCCCUACAGCAGCUGGGACCCACACACCUGUAUGACGUCAUCGCCGUUGACGAGCACACGGCCAUCCUGCUGCAGGAACUGGGCGAGCUGGAUCAGGAGCGCGCAGCUGAGCGUGUGGUUCUGAGACUGUCGGCUCUGUCGCUGCAGUUCAGCCGCUGCUGGGUCGUACUGCGCUGCUCCGAUCACUACAGCGCUCUUGUGCGUGGUGAAGUGUUCAGUAACCUGGCGUUAGUUUACUCGGCCUUGGUGCUGUUUGGACAGAAGUCCGACGGUCUGGAUGUUAAGGUGUUGCUGGCGUAUGACGUAGCAGACGUAGCACGGUGUGUGCAUCAAGUCUGCCUCCACACUCUGCUCAGCUCACAGAGAGAUGUGUGUAGCUGGCUCGACCGAGAGUGGUUCAGCGUGCUGCCUACGGAGGAGGAGCAGUGUUUGCUGUAUUUCCCGUGUGUGAACUGUGUUGUAGCUCAGCUGCUGCUGAAUCGAGCUCCGUCUCUACAGUGGCUGCUGGAAGCUUCACACACUCAGCUGGAGGAGAUGUUUCCUGAGAUCACACCUUCCAUCUUAAAGAUCUUCAGUGACAGUACAGCUGCACACAGACUCAAUGCUGCUGCCACACAGUGUGAGGAUGAAGUCACACACAUCCACCACUGGGGUCUGGAUAAGGACGAGCCUCUCUCACACACACACUCAGACCCGUUCCUCAUACACACUUCCACAGCGCCACGCAGCCCCGCGUUCAUCCACCAGCCUGGAACUGUGGGUAGCGGCUGGUUAGGGGCGGAGUCAGAGAGUUUGACGAGCACACGCUCGCCGAAUUCGGCUGAAGAACAGACACGGGCAGGGGAUUUCAGUGGAGGAGAAGCAGAUGAGCUGCAGACUCUGGAAGCAUCGUCUCUGAUCUCCAGUCUCUCUUUCACACACACACACACCGUUCCCUGCACACCGUUCACCCAGACCCCGUGUGCUCACCCGACUCCUGCCCUCCUACCCCACCUGUCCCGUCAGCAGUGGGAGGGCAGCAGCAACGUACCUGAGAGAUACACAGAGAGGAAAAGACCAGCAGGGGGCGCCAUACACACAGUGUUUCCCCAGUGUAAGAGAGGACGGCUUCUGUUCGAGAGAGUCCCGGGACGGAGUGAUGGCCAGACACGACUCAGGUUUUUCUAAACACAUGCUGUCGUGUUCUCACACACACUCCUCGCAUUAACACACACUAACGUGGUCCAUUGUACACCUUCUCAUCUGCUCACAGACAAUCGGUUUAGUUCAUGUUAGUUAAUGUUCAUUACAUUAGAUGUGUU